AUGCCCUCUGAAAUCCCUGGGACAUGUACAGUCCUCGUAGUUGGCGGUGGUCCCGCUGGCUCAUUUGCUGCUGCCGCCUUGGCAAGAGAGGGAAUUGAUGUAGUCCUUCUCGAGGCCGAUAAUUUUCCUAGGUAUCAUAUCGGAGAGAGUAUGCUGCCUGCCAUGCGGCACAUGUUUCGUUUCAUCGACGUUGACUCUGCGUUUGACUCCUUUGGGUUUAUCAACAGUAUGCGUGUUACUGACAUUAUGAUGAAUGUCCGGUUGUUAGACACGGACUUUGUCGCUGCUGGUGGACCGAACAACUACUCUUGGAAUGUUCUGCGCUCUGAAUCGGACAAUAUACUCUUCCGUCACGCAGCGGCCAGUGGAGCAAAAGUCUUCGACGGAGUCAAAGUGACUGAGUUAUCCUUUAAACCCGAUGAUGCAUCCCAUCUCGGACGCCCGAUCCGUGCUUCGUAUAUGUUCAAGUCGAACGGGGAAACUGGAGACAUCACGUUUGACUACAUCGUCGAUGCGACCGGACGAGCUGGUCUGAUGUGCACGAAGUACUUGAAAAACCGGACAUACAACCAAUCUCUCAAGAACAUAGCAAUUUGGGCGUACUGGGAAGAAGCAGAGAUGUACGGCAGUGGGACGCCCCGUGAAGGCUCACCGCUAGCUGAGGCCUUGAUAGACGAAUCCGGCUGGGCAUGGAUUUUGCCUCUGCAUGUUGGGGCGUCUGUCGGUAUAGUUAUGAACCAAGAGCUUGCCAACAAGAAGAAACGUGAACACGAUCCGCCGUUGUCAAGCCAAGAUUUCUAUUUGGAGCAACUCAAGCUUGCGCCAACAAUUCUGUCCUUCCUCAAAUCAGCGAAGCUGAAGACUAUUGACGGUGAUCAGAUGGUCAGGUCUGCUAGCGAUUAUAGUUACUCUUCAGGUUGUUAUUCUGGCCCAGGGUUCCGUAUCGCAGGAGAUGCUGGUGCUUUCAUCGACCCCUUCUUCUCGUCGGGAGUCCAUCUUGCACUCACUGGAGGUUUGUCAGCCGCACUGACGAUUUGUGCGUCGAUCCGCGGCGACUGCACUGAAAGUGAAGCUGCGGAGUGGCAUACAAAGAAAAUAGGCUCGAGUUACACCUGGUUCCUCAUGGUGGUCCUUGGCGCAUAUAAGCAGAUGAAAUCGCAACGAAAUGCUGUUCUAGCGGAUAUUAAUGAGGACAAUUUUGAUCGAGCGUUCUCAUUUAUCAGACCUGUCAUCCAGGGUGCAAUCGACGUAGAUGAGCAUCUUUCCGCUUCGGACUUGUCGAAAGUGAUAGACAUCUGCGCUCGUGCUUUCGAACCAGCACACAACGAGUCUCGCGAGGCCGUUCUCAAGAAGUUGAAGACAAAGGGGAACAAUCCUCAUGUUGGCAUGAAUGGCCUUGCGGAAAACACGUUGUCCAACGAUGAGAAAAGCGUAUUGGCAUAUAUUAAUGCCCGCGGGAUGUUAGGGACGAAGGAUAGAGCUCUUACGAUGAAUGCAUUCGCCACAGACACUAUUGAAGGGAGGAGGCCUCGACUUAAGCAAGGAAGUCUUGGGCUCGAACUUGCAAAUGCUUAA